AUGAGGAGACCUCCCCGGAUUCCCCGCCUCGUGGUAUGCUACUCCGAUCCGCUGCGCAGAGCUCCAAGCUGCCCUUCUCCUCCCUCUCUCCCGCUCCGCCACCUCUCUUCAUCUUCCGUCUCCCAGAAACCGCUCCGGGAGCCGGAAGCCUCCAGUCUGGUCUCCAGGGUUCUCCGCGUCCUUGCCCAGCCCGGUUGGCGGAGCAGCCCCGACCUCCAUGCCCUCGCGCCAGGUCUAUGCUCGCAUCAUAUCGUCCAGAUCCUGGGAUCUCAGUCGGACGCCAACCAGGCCCUCCAGUUCUUCCACUGGAUCUCUCGUCUGCAUUCCGACAAGCAGAAUAUGGACAUUUUCAUCGCUCUCCUGAACCGUCUUGUGGAGGGCGGGGUUUUCGCCCCUGCGGAUAGGAUCAGGAUACUCAUGAUCAAGUCUUGCAAGAGCCGGGACGAAAUUUCCCGGACCUUCGUUUUUUUGGAGGGGAUUAGCGUCAAGUCGUUCGGUUUCAGCUUGUUCACCUAUAAUACGCUACUUAUCCAGAUGGCCAAGUUCGACAUGCUCGAGCUUUCACAGUCAGUUUUCAGUCGGAUGUUGGAUAGCGGGGUGGCGCCAUCAGUCCUCACUUUUAACACAAUAAUCAAUUUGUUGUGCAAGAAUGGCAAGAUUAGAGCGGCUUUGUUAGUGCUGAGCAGGAUGUUCCAGUCAGAUAUGAGACCUGACACAUUCACGUACACAUCACUAAUCCUCGGGCACUGCAGGAACCGCGAUCUCUGUUCAGCAUUUGGUGUCUUCGACCGGAUGGUCAGGGAGGGAUGCAAGCCAAACUCAGUGACAUACUCUAUUCUGAUCAAUGGACUUUGUGAAGAUGGGAGAGUCGACGAGUCACUGAAUCUGAUGAAGGAGAUGGCAGCGAAAGGGGUGGAAGCUACGGUGUACACAUACACUACUACAAUUGCAUCUCUUUGUGGUAUGGGUCGCACUUUAGAGGCACGUGACUUGGUUGCUGUCAUGAGGAAGAGGGGGUGCCAGCCCAAUGUUCACACGUACACUGCUCUUAUCAGUGGAUUAUGCACUUUCGAUCAGCUUGAAGUAGCUAUCGGCCUGUUCCACCAUAUGCUAGGGGAAGGCCUCAUUCCCAACCCGGCUACUUAUAAUGCUCUGAUCAAUGGGUUGUGUACGAGGAGGGGUAUCCAAUCUGCUCUGGUGCUUUUCAACUCGAUGGAGAGGUGUGGUUGUGCUCCAAAUUCACAAUCUUAUAAUGAGAUUAUAAAGGGAUUCUGUUUAUCUGGUAGCAUUCAGAAAGCAAUGAUCCUCUUCAACAGGAUGCUUAAGGUUGGGCCUGCACUCAAUCGUGUAACCUACAAUACCAUCAUUGAUGGAUACUGUAAAAUGGGACAUCCCGAAAAUGCCAUGCGGCUGUUGGACAUGAUGAAGCAAAAUGCCUGCGAACCUGAUGAAUGGACUUAUACUGAACUCAUACGUGGGUUUUGCAAUGUGGGCCAGCUUGACGCAGCUUCCAAGACAUUUGCUGAAAUGGUUGAUCAUAAUUUGGUCCCGAAUGAAGUCACAUACACCACGCUAAUUGACGGGUUCUGUAAGGGUGGAAGGGUAGAUUUUGCUGUGGAUUUAUUUAAGGAGAUGAGGGGAAAGGGCUGUUUACGUACUGUUCAGAUGUAUAAUGUGCUGAUUAAUGGUUUUUGCAAGAAAAAUCGAUUGUCAGAGGCUCAAAGUUUUCUUAAUGAGAUGUUGGAUCAAGGCUUCACACCUAAUGUAGUGACUUACACAACACUGAUAGAUGGGUUCUGUAAGAAUGGUGCCACAGAUGUAGCAUAUAGAAUUAUGCAUGAAAUGGCCUGCCAAGGUUGCAUGCCCAACCUCCUUACUUACAGUGCUCUUAUUUAUGGGCUCUGCCAAGAAGGAAAAGCUGAGGAAGCAGAGAUGGUGCUUGGUGAAAUAGAGGAAAAGGGAUUGACUCCGGACCACGUUACAUAUACUUCCCUUAUUGAUGGCUAUGUUGCAUUACAUGAAACAGGUCGUGCCUUUUCGCUUUUGGGGCGUAUGGCCAGUACUGGCUGCAUGCCCAAUUAUCGGACUUACAGAGUACUGAUGAAAGCAUUGCUAAAGGAACGACAAUUAGUUGGAGAAAAUGUUGCAACUUUUCCCAUUGACAUUUCGAGUCGCACCUUAGAUGAGGAUGCCAUAGACUUUGAUAUUAUUUCAAGGCUCUUGCUUAGAAUAUCAGAGAUUGGUUGUAAACUCAAUGUAUGUGUCUACAACACCCUGGUUAACGGUUUGUGUGGUGAAGGUAAAUGGUACGAGGCAAAUCUCUUGGUAAAAAGAAUGACGAGCCAAGAUCUGCACCCAGAUGAGGAGGCGUAUAAUUCGUUGCUCGUUGAAGUAUCUAAGAAUUUGGAAGUUGAUCAUGCUUUAGAGAUUGUAGACGCUAUGGCUGCACAGGGCUAUCAGCCCUGUCUUUCAGGUUACAAGGCGCUGAUAUGUGCUCUCUGCAAGGUGGAGAGGGUAGAAAGGGCACAAACUAUGUUUCAAAGAAUGCUUCAGCACCUCUGGAAUCCUGAUGAGAUCGUGUGGACAAUUCUCCUCGAUGGAUUGCUGAAGGAUGGAGAGGUGGAUCUGUGUCUGAAGUUUCUUCAUUUCAUGGAAUCAAAGGGUUGCGCCCCCCACUUCCAGACAUACAAUAUCCUGUCAAGAGAACUUUCUAAAGAGAAAAAGGUGAUUGAGAGUGAUUCCUCUGUCACGUAA